GUUCAGCUAUUCUGGCUCUCUUGCUGGCUGGUUAUCUGGCACAGCAGUAUUUACCAAUGCCGACACCGAAAGUCAUCGGGAUUGACCUUGGCACGACUUACUGCUCCGUCGGUGUCUUUCUUCCUGGAACAGGGCAGGUGAAGGUUAUUGCAGAUGAAAAUGGGCACAACAGCAUACCAAGUAUAGUCUCUUUCACAGACAGAGGUGUGUACGUGGGGUACGAUGGCCUAGAACUGGCUGACUCAAAUUCUCAGAACACCAUAUAUGACGCAAAAAGAUUCAUUGGGAAAAUCUUCACUUCAGAAGAACUGAAAAGUGAAAGUAGCAGGUAUCCUUUUAAGAUUUUCAACAACAAUGGAUCAGCUGAAUUUUCAGUGACAACUAAUGAAACUUUCCAUGUCACUCCAGAGCAUAUUGGCUCUCAGCUGCUACUGAAAUUGAAGAGAAUGGCAGAAGACCACCUUGGCGUGCCUGUUUCGGAGGCAGUCAUCUCUGUGCCAGCAGAGUUUGAUGAAAGGCAAAGGAAUUGCACCAUUAAGGCAGCUAACCUUGCAGGGCUGAACGUUUUGCGAGUAAUCAACGAACCCACAGCUGCAGCUAUGGCUUACGGGCUCCACAAAGCUGAUGUCUUCAAUGUUCUGGUAGUGGAUUUGGGUGGAGGAACUUUGGAUGUGUCUCUGCUGAACAAGCAGGGAGGGAUGUUCCUCACACGAGCCAUGGCAGGUAACAACAAGCUUGGAGGACAAGAUUUUAAUCAGCGGUUGAUGCUGUACUUGUACGAUCAGCUCCACCAAAUGUAUGGUUCUCUGCCAACAAAAAAAGAAGAAAUACAUCGUCUCAGACAGGCUGUGGAAGCAGUUAAAUUAAACCUGACUGUUCAUGAGGCAGCUACACUGAGGGUGUUGUUGACUAUGCCAGAAAGGAAGCUCACAAAAGAACUUUCAGAGGGUGAGGUGAAAACAAACACUGUGGUGAAAGGCAAGCCUUCCCCAAAACUGAAAGAUCUUGGAGACGCUUCAAAAGCAGAGAACAACUUUGUCGAAGUUGUGUUUGAAAUGGAAAUCUCUAGGAAGCUAUUUGAGAUGUUAAAUGAGGACCUUUUUGAGAAGAUUCUUGUGCCCAUUGAACAAGUAUUGAAGGAAGGCCACUUACACAGAGGAGAAGUGGAUGAAAUCGUGUUGGUUGGGGGCUCCACGCGGAUUCCUCGGAUACGCAGGGUUAUUGGGGAUUUCUUUGGGAAGGAUCCCAACACCUCUGUAGACCCUGACCUGGCGGUUGUGACGGGUGUGGCUAUCCAGGCAGGCAUUGUUGGGGGGUCUUGGCCACUCCAGGUCAGCGCCAUAGAAAUCCCAAACAAGCACUUACGGAAGACUAACUUCAACUGA